AUGUCCGUGACUGAAGAUACUCUCAUCCAUGGAAGCAAGCUCAACGAGAAAUGUAAGAAGACUCCCAUUAGAAAGGUGCUGACGGAAGUUGGCUCGCAGUUGGUGACAGGCUCUGUUGAAGCCCCUCGAGAACAUGGCAAAGCGGUUGGUCCUGUACAGUCUGAGAGUGACAUCAUUAAACAGGAGCAGAGCCAGCGUGAGGAGAGAGAAGCCAGGAAAGUUUUCUUUACGGAAGACCGGCGAAGAGCAGAAUGGAGAAAAAAGGUGUGCGUAAUUACGCGCGCCGAGAGGAACUUCUUCGCUGUUCAGUCCGCCUCGAGUCAGCAAGCGUCAUCAGACCGGACUGAGGUGAUGCUCCAUGGGAAUGCAGACUUCGCCUCUUAUGUCAGCGGGACGGGUGAGUGCGCCUGGCAGAUGCUGACAGGCAGCAGAUGUGUAAAGUUGGGGGUGAUUUGUAAAGGGGUCAACGGCGUCGCAGAGGAGAUGGAGGGCAAUGCGAGACGCGAGAGUUCGGCAGCCCUUCCUGGAUGCACCCAAAGGACCCAGCUGGAGGGUGGUAGAGUAGAGUCGAUGAAUAUCACGCUUAUUGCUAUCACUCUGUAUAAUUCACCCUUCCAGAGGGUGCGUUUACUGUCCACAAUGUCCACAGGAGACCCGGACCGGGAGUCAACGCUACAAGCGGAGUCGCUAUCGAGCUCCUCAAAGGAUGAAUCCUCCUCCUCUUCAUCGUCUCCUAUCGCAUCCUGGCACGACUCUAAUCCCGGCUCAGACACAGCCGUGAAGUCCGACUCGGACUGGACGGCCGUCUCAAAGGGGGGCGGCGGCAGGCUUGACUGGCAGCUUUCGGAGGCCGAGAACCCAGGGCAGCUCAAGCUCUGGAAGGACCGGACGGAGAUGUAUCCAGAGGAGGGAAGGAGAGUAGCAGCACAAACCCAGGGAGGCGAGAAGAUAUUAAUAGAGAGGGCUGAGGAGCUUCACGCAGGGCUGCGACUUGCUACGGGACAGACAGCCCCUCCCCCCGCCUUUCUUUCCAGCUCGCCUCCCCAGCUCUGGGGUGGAGUCUGGAGAGCUGGCUUCAGACGCCUCUUCCCUCUGGAGCUCUGUCAGGCUGAUCUGCUCAUGGGAGAGCGAGAGAGGCCUGAGGAAGAUGUGACUGCGGGAGUGGUGGUGAUGAUGAUGAUGAUGUCCAGGGCUCCAUCUGAGGGGACGCAGGAGCGCGAGGGCAAACUGAAGCUGGAGCUGCGCUGCAUGGUGGGAAAAUGGCUGCCUGCUCCUCUGACACUGCCUCCACUGUGGCACCUGCGCUUCUCCACGGUGGUCCACACUCGUGAUCCUUGGGGCUUCCAGGAUGAACGGAAGCCACUGAACUCAUCAGACAAGGACAGCGAGCGGCACUGGCGUUUGCUCGGGGGGGCGGUGGGAGCUGGGCCGGUGCCUGUAGUAGUGUACUGUGCGGUGGAGGACAUCACGUGGGUGCCCAUGGUUCCCCCGUUGCCCAGGCUCAGGUCCCUUAUCAGACUGGUGAUGGCUGCGGCGCUGCCUGGUUCCUUGGCCCAGUGCCGGCUGCCAGGCUCAGGCAUCGUAUCCCACAGGCUCUCAAGCGUGGACUCAGUCUGA